GCAUACAGAUGUAAGUUUAAUCCAGGCAACAGUCAAAGCUGAGAAGUGAAUCUGAGGUUGCCCUUUUACUAACAUGCAAUAGUAGUCAGUGGAAUAUGCAUCAGCCAGCGCAACUGUCAAGGCGGACUUAUAGGGGGAGAUGAAAACCUACUGGAACUGUGUGCCGUGUUUCAUUCUCUCUAUCUCUUGGUGUGGAUAUAUUCGUUGCCACUCUUAAAGCUUGACUGCAAGAGGUGUUAUCUGCGCCACUCUGAGCUCAGUUUUAGAAGGAAACCACAGGGUCUGCCUGUUGGCCUCUGAUCUGUUAAGCAAGAAGACUUGAAUGAAUCAAGGAAAAACUUAAAGGGAAAUUCAAACAACUUGUUUUUUGAUUUUUGUUUUAUCCAUUACACUGAAUUGGACUUGCUUUUCAUGCCUUUGAAGACUACAGUUGUUACAGAUUUCUUUGUCAUACCAGCUGAAGAGGAGAUGUGAUAAUGUAGCUUCUGGGUUUGGACUUCUUUGACAGGACUUUCAUUUGACCAUCACUCUUUGCACACAUUCCCAUCAGCCCUCCCACCUCUGUUACACUUCUGUCUUUUUUUAACUUGACAUUGUGAGCUUGUCAGUCACUUUAGAGACUGGGCUGUGAUUUUGUUGUGUGUAGCUCAGUUUGGAGUGACAGCAUCCUUUGGAUUAAACUGCCUCAGGCUUCGAGAAGAUCUUCGGACUUUCCACCUCGGGGACUGAUUUAUCUGGAAGGGAAUUUGAUUAGAGAAGUCCGAAUUAGGACGGUCAGGCAGAAGCCAGGAUGCAGGUGUCAUUAGUGUGCACGGACCAUCGUGGGGGGGUCAGCCGCAACACAGAGGACCGGCUAAACCGACAGAAUGCCAACAGCCCCAACACAGGCACCCGCAGCAAGUUCAGAGCUGUUGCAAUGGUGGCUCGCAGUCUUGGCCAACUAUCUGUUCAGAGUGUGCCUUCCUCCAGCGAGCAAAGUGUGAAGACUGGCAUGAAAUAUAGGAACCUUGGGAAGUCUGGCCUGCGGGUAUCCUGCCUUGGAUUAGGAACAUGGGUGACGUUUGGUGGACAGAUAACAGAUGAGAUGGCAGAGCAGCUGAUGACUCUGGCCUAUGAAAAUGGCAUCAAUCUGUUUGACACAGCGGAGGUCUAUGCUGCUGGGAAGGCAGAGGUGGUGCUUGGAAACAUCAUAAAGAAGAAGGGAUGGAGACGUUCAAGUCUGGUGAUAACAACAAAGAUCUUCUGGGGUGGAAAAGCAGAGACUGAAAGAGGUUUAUCCCGGAAACACAUUAUAGAAGGUUUAAAAGCCUCUCUAGAAAGACUGCAGCUAGACUACGUUGAUGUGGUGUUUGCAAACAGACCGGACCCGAACACACCUAUGGAAGAAACGGUUCGAGCAAUGACCCAUGUGAUAAAUCAAGGCAUGGCCAUGUACUGGGGAACGUCCCGCUGGAGCCCGAUGGAAAUAAUGGAAGCGUACUCGGUUGCCCGACAGUUCAACCAGAUUCCUCCCAUCUGUGAGCAGGCUGAGUAUCACAUGUUCCAGAGGGAGAAAGUAGAGGUACAGCUGCCCGAGCUCUUCCAUAAGAUAGGUGUCGGGGCCAUGACAUGGUCUCCGUUGGCCUGUGGGAUCAUCUCAGGGAAAUACGACGGCAGGGUGCCUCCCUACUCUCGGGCAUCUCUGAAGGGCUACCAGUGGUUGAAGGACAAGAUCUUAAGCGAGGAGGGCCGGCGUCAGCAGGCGAAGUUGAAAGAGCUGCAGGCAAUCGCGGAGCGGCUGGGCUGCACUCUGCCCCAACUCGCCAUCGCGUGGUGCCUUCGGAACGAGGGGGUGAGCUCUGUCCUUUUAGGGGCGUCCAACACCGACCAGCUGAUGGAAAACAUAGGAGCGAUUCAGGUUCUUCCAAAGUUGUCGUCAUCUAUCACACAUGAGGUGGACAGCAUCCUGGGGAACAAGCCCUACAGUAAAAAAGACUACCGCUCCUAACGGGCGGCAGGGCCCCGCCCGGCAGGGCUGCACCUGGCCUGCAGCCGCAGCGCCACCUUUGCCUGAUCCUCUGUUUGCUUGAGCUUUUACUGAGAGACCCUGGCGCAUGAGUCUGGCCACACCACGGCCACGCAGGGCACCUCAUUUAGAGUUACAGGGAUAAGAAAAGAAAAGGGGGGGGGGGGGAUACAGUCACCUCUACAGUACAGCACAGGAUUAAAAAAGAAAGUCAGAAGUGGAAGAGAGGUUAGGGGUAUGCGCUCAUACGUAAUCAGUUACACAUCCAAUUCAGCUGAACGUAUUUUAAAACCAUAGAGAAAAAUGAGAAAAAUAUCUUUUUAAAAAAAAAAAGAAAGAAAAAAAAGCACACGCUUGCUUGGCAGCCAGACCUCUUGGUUCUUUUUUUUUUAUCAUUUUUUUUCUUUAUUUAAAAAACAAAAAAAAACAAAACGAAUGCAACUAAAAGGUAGAUGAAGUUCGUACGAGUAUAUGAGAACUACUGUUGCACAUGUACCAUAGCCAUGCGUUUGUUCCAGAGACGUUCUGUUUACAAACACUUGUGUACUGUAAAAGUCCGUCAAGGUUUCUCGGAAAGAAAGUUUGUGUGUUCGACAUUACCAGCCCUCUUGUGGGCUUCAACAAUCAGCACUUUAGUACUGUCAGUAAAGGUGUUGGAGGGUAGUUUUAAAGAAGGGAGAGGAUGGGUAUUAAUGUUGUCUUAUCUCACAACCAUUGCACUAUAGAAUCACAUCGCCUCUUGAUAAUUCCCUCUCUUCGUCCUCCCUCUGUGUCUUCACUGGCAGUGUGUCUGUUCAGCCUCAAACUCUGACGAUCCCGUUGUCUGUGUGUGGCGCUGCAGUCCUGAACUCAACAGGACUGACUGCCCUCUGCAGGAGAAGCUUCUCCAUCCUGAUCAAUGAAUUCUCUGCUGUGAUGGAGGUCAGAAGCUUAGGCUGAUGUGUUACGGCAACUUGUCUGCCACUGAAGAGAGCUGUUUAUUCAAUCCUCUAACAACAGGAGCUGCAGCCAUAGGGCCUUGCUUCACUGUGGUUCCCUGCAGCUGUCCUCCAUUCUCCAGGCUGAGGAUUGGCUGCAUGGGGAGCGAUCAGCAUCGCACAGAAACCACUCCUUAAUCAAGUUUGGUUUGAGUAUUUUGCCUUAUUUACAGUUACAUCAAACUGUGCUUCGGGCUCUUGGUGCAGACAAGCAGCUUGACAGACGCCUUUCGGCUCACAUGUCCCCAGUAAACUGGUGGAAGUGGUGUUUAUUGCUCGCUUACUGGGAGGAAGGAGUUGUGUGUCCAGUCAAUCAGCGAGAGGCGGCAGCUCAGGGAAUGGAGAAGGGGGUUUCAGGUGUGUGUUGGUGGUCAGAAGGUUGUAUUUACUCGUCUUUCGUCUCUCUUUCAUGUGUGGACACUGGGGAGGACCAGUGACUCCUUAAGCGUGGCUCGAGCCAAAGAUCUUCUUGUUGUUCUCUUUUAGCCGUCACACUCCAGUGUUUCACUCGCGUCAUGUAAGAUUAUAGGGAUAGGGUCAUCUUGAAGCAUGUGCAGCUUGUUAUCUAUUUAUGGUAUGGACUUUACUCCGUACAGUAUAUACCUUUACCCAACCAAACUGCUAUACUAGUUAACAAAUAUUUCCUUCAUAUACAAAAUACAUAGUACGGCUAAGUGCUUUAGGAACUGUAGGGUUUGUUUCAGGCACCAACAGGCCUGACAAAAAGUAUUAAUGCAGACAUUAUGACGCCACCCUGUACCAUUCUUUGUCCUUUGGGUGCUUUCUUUCUGUGAUUAAAGCACAAGUGGAUAGCAUGUGAUACAUCUUCUCAGCAUGGACCUUCCUCACCCAGCCUACAGUACCUACAGGACAAGAAAGGUGAUGCUUUUCAGCUUACUAAUACAUGUAGAUAUCAAAUCUUUACUAACAGCUGAUAAACUGUUGAUUCUUAGCAUAAAGAAAAAAAAAUAGUGCAGAUCAAGAAAACUGCCUCAGAUGUAGGAGGAUCUUAGCUAAAGUGGAGGGGAUAAUAAACACACAGUGAGCGUCACUGUGUGGGAUUUGUGUGGAUGAGGUUUACAGUCUGCUUCAAUCCUACUUGUAUGUUAUUUUUAAUAGCAGCAAAGUCAUUUAUGGUGUCUGCUGUUAAUCUUGUGUGUGUGUUGUGUGUGUGGGAACAGGACAACUAAACUAAUCCCACGCUUUAGCCUGUUGUGUUAGUUGAUCCCUGUUUAAGUUUGAUUUGCUGUGUCUUGUAUGUCUGAGUAAAUAAAAUUGGUGCAAGCCAGCACUGUUUUUCUCAAAAUAAAGAGGGG